GAUUGAAGGGAAGGCCCUGUGAAGGUCUGUCAAGAUGAAGGUUCUUUUUCUAACCAUGACACUAAGCCUGUUCUCCAUCCUCCAAGCUGAAGAAUCAACAUCUUCUGAAGAAGUAUUUGAGGGAACAUACCAUAUAAAUGCUGUUGUGGGAGACAAGGAAUUUCCUGAGGAGAAGAGGCCUAAGGCCCUCUCACCCCUUACCAUCACCCAACUUAAUGAUGGUAAUACAGAGGCCAAAUUUACCAUGAGGGAGAAUGGCAAGUGCAAAGAGAUUAAAGUGAAAUUGGAGAAAACAGAUAAUCCCAACAAAUUUACCAUAAGAAAGGGCACAGGCCAUGUAUAUGUAACCAAGACCUCUGUGCCAGAUAAUUGGAUUCUCUUUUGUGAAAGCGAGGUCCAUGGUGAGCAAAUCAAAAUGGCCAAACUUUUGGGUCCAAAGACAGAAGUGAACCCUGAAGCUAUGAAGGAAUAUCAGGAGUUCAUUAAAGACAAAGGAUUUAAGGAAAGAAAAAUCUUCUCUCCCAAGCAAGAAGAGGGCUUGCUACAUAAAUGUUUGAAGCAAUCACUUUUGGCUCAGUCUCUUUCUUUUGAGGUUUUAUUGGGGCAAAUGAACAAGAAGAGGGUGACAAGUAGAUCAGGAUUGUGGGUGGGAUGCUGUAGUCAGCUGUCCUGGCUUGUAAGCUCUGAGAAGAGAGGGUGCCUGGGAGUGAAGCUCCAGAUGAAGGUCCUUUUCCUAACCAUAGCACUAAGCCUGUGCUCUAUCCUCCAAGCUCAGGAGUUAUCACCUUUUGAAGGAGGAUUUGGGGGUACGUACUUUAUAAAGGCCGUGGUGGCAGACAAGGAACAUCCUGGGGAGAAGAAGCCUAAGGAUAUGUCACCUUUGAGGAUCACUGACCUUAGUAAUGGUAAUUUGGAGGCCAAAUUUACCAUCAACAUGCAUGGAAAGUGCAAAGAGAUUAAAGCGAUAUUAGAGAAAACAGAUGAACCUGGGCAAUUUUCCACUGAUGGCGGCAAACGCCAUGUACACAUAGAAGGGACAUCUGUGAUGGAUCAUUGGAUUAUCUUCUGUGAAGGCGAGUUACAUGGCAAGCAAAUAAGAAUAGCCAAACUUGUGGGUCAAAAUGCAGAAGAGAACCCAGAAGCCUUUGAGGACUAUAAGAAGUUUGUGAGUCUUAAAGGAUUUAAAGAAGAAAAAAUCCAGAUCCCCAGACAAACUGAGACUUGCACCCCGGAACAUGCUUAA